ACUGAUAACACUCGAGAUAAUCUUAAGAGGAUCUCAGUGCAGUGUUGUUUAUCGAAGCAAUCGCAUAAAAUUAACCAUGUUCCAAAAGUUCUUGCCUGAUGUUUUGGUUCGCUAAGUGCUGCGAUGGUGGAACAUAAUUUGUCUCGUCAAGAGUCGGAAGUACCUGAAGAACCUCUUGCCAGUGGUUUUAGAAGGGAGUCGGAUCUCGGGCCGCUUUUGUCGUUUUCCAACCAACGUAAUAACCGGCCGCAGCCAUGGCGAAUGACCAGACUUUUACCUUCGAGGCGGAACUCUACGGGGACGAGUCCUCAAGUGUCCCAACUGACUGCUCCCCCGGAACCUCCGACACCCGAAAGACCUCUUAGGGUGUCUGUGUGUGUCCCUGCAGUUCUUAACAGACCGCCUGUGGAAGACACAAGCCGUUUGAGGUUGCGAGUUAUCAGUGGUCAUCAGUUAGCGAAAAAAGAUAUUUUUGGUGCAAGUGACCCUUAUGUGCGGAUUGAUCUAAAUACUGUCAAUGGGGAUGAAACAAUUGAUUCUGUACUUACCAAAACCAAGAAAAAGACUUUAAAUCCAACAUGGAAUGAAGAGUUUAUAUUUAGAGUGAAGCCGGCAGAACACAAACUUGUACUGCAAGUGUUUGAUGAAAACCGUCUGACCAGAGACGACUUUUUAGGAAUGGUCGAACUAACUCUCAUCAAUUUACCAAAGGAAGCCGAGGGCAGAACGAUACAAACAAAGCAAUAUAUAUUGAGGCCGAGGAGCACAAAUUCUUACAGUGCCCGAUCAAGGGUGAAAGGUUAUCUGGAGCUAUAUCACGCGUAUAUCAGGGAGGAUGGCCAGAGAGAGGAAGAGCGAACCAGACGACUGGAGGAGGGGGAGCCGGGGUGGGAGAUGAUCGAUAGAUCCGAUGGAUUGUCCACCACCACCCCUGAAACUCCUGCCCAGGCUGUGUAUGUUCCGCAAGGCGAUGAGAAUUUCGCCGCACUGCCUCCCGGAUGGGAAGAGAGACAAGAUGCUAACGGACGAACGUAUUACGUGAAUCAUGUAGCUCGGACUACGCAAUGGGAGAGACCUACGUUUAAUGUGGAGAGCAAUAGUUCAGUCAGCAACCAAAUCCUGGAGUCGGCAGUGACGGAGUUCCAACGCCGGUUUCACAUCAGCGCAGACGAUCAAGAAUCUAACAGAAGAACUAGCAUUUCUAGCAAUGUCAGUCAGGCAAGCGAAGUAGUCGAUAGCCCGACUCAACCGAGGCCUGAUAGUCAAAAUCAAACGAAUGAAGAAGCGAAUCGCACGGAACCAUCGAGGGAAGGCCUUCCGACGGGCUGGUCACUCCAGGUGGCGCCUAAUGGACGAGUUUUCUUCAUCGACCACAACUCACGGGCGACCACAUGGGUCGACCCCAGGACGGGCCGAGCUUCGCCGAUGCCCAAUCAGAGAGAGGCGCCUAAUGUUGCUCGUAGAGUCGCAGGUCCGGACGAUGAACUCGGACCUCUACCCGAGGGUUGGGAGGAGCGUGUUCACACGGACGGACGGAUAUUCUUCAUAGAUCACAAUACCAGAACCACACAAUGGGAAGACCCCAGACUUUCCAACCCUAAUAUUGCUGGUCCGGCGGUGCCGUAUUCCAGAGAUUAUAAGAGAAAGUACGAAUAUAUGAAGUCGCAGUUAAGAAAACCUAACAACGUUCCCAACAAGUUUGAGAUCAAGGUGAGCAGAGCCACAAUACUAGAGGACUCAUACCGCAUCAUCAGCAACGCCCCGAGGACAGACUUGCUCAAGACCAAACUGUGGGUGGAGUUUGAAGGAGAAGUGGGGUUGGACUACGGUGGUCUGGCAAGAGAGUGGUUCUUUCUACUGUCCAAGGAAAUGUUCAACCCGUAUUAUGGCCUUUUUGAGUAUUCCGCAAUGGAUAACUACACUUUACAAAUCAAUCCUAUAUCCGGGCUGUGUAAUGAAGAACAUCUCAACUACUUUAAAUUCAUCGGGAGAAUAGCGGGGAUGGCUGUGUACCACGGAAAAUUACUUGAUGCUUUCUUUAUCCGUCCUUUCUACAAGAUGAUGCUCGGUAAACCCAUUGACCUGAAGGACAUGGAGAGCGUUGACUCGGAAUAUUACAACUCAUUACUCUGGAUAAAGGAAAACAAUCCGACAGAGCUGGAGUUGACGUUUGCAGUUGAUGAGGACAGUCUUGGCCACACGAGUCAGCGAGAACUGAAACCUAACGGAGCGAACAUUCCCAUCAACGAGGAGAACAAGGACGAAUACAUCAAGUUGGUGAUAGAGUGGAGGUUUGUAGCGAGAGUUCAAGAUCAAAUGAACGCCUUCCUGGACGGAUUCAACGCUUUAGUGCCUCUCAACCUAAUCAAAAUCUUUGACGAGAACGAGUUGGAGCUGUUGAUGUGUGGCAUACAAAAUAUUGACGUCAAGGAUUGGAAACAAAACACACUCUAUAAGGGGGACUACCAUCCAAACCAUAUUGUCAUCCAGUGGUUUUGGAGGGUUGUUCUGUCGUUCACCAACGAAAUGCGAUCACGACUGCUGCAGUUUGUCACUGGAACUUCACGAGUUCCGAUGAAUGGAUUCAAGGAACUCUACGGAAGUAAUGGGCCGCAAAUGUUUACAAUCGAAAAAUGGGGAACGCCUGACAACUAUCCAAGAGCGCAUACUUGUUUUAACCGGCUAGACCUUCCGCCCUACGAAAGUUAUCAGCAACUGAGAGACAAACUCAUCAAAGCCAUAGAAGGUUCGCAGGGAUUUGCAGGAGUUGAUUAAAACGUCAGUAUAAAAAGUGCUAGCUCCAGAAUUUCAAACUCCUCUGCUUCGUCUAACACCAAUAAUUAUCUGUAUAUAUUUGCUUACUUGUGAUUAUUGUAUUAUAUAAAUAAAUAUAUAAUGGAUUGUAUAAAUUUUUAAGUAACUAUACCUUAAAGUUUGUUAAUGACGGAUACUUUAUUGAAUAUCAAGGUGAAAAGAUUUAUGUUAGACUAUUUAUGAUUACUUAAAAUGUUAUUCUAAUUACAUAAGUUACAAGUUCUAUUGUAAGGUUUAAAACUUUUAUGAUAGAAUAUAUUUUAGGUAAUAUAGUGGUAUGACCUUUUCAUCUUCAGCUUUAAACUGUAAGCAUAAUUCUUUAUCUAUUUGUAAAGAUUUUUAAGCAAACAUAACAUGAAAGUAUAUAAAUAUUUAUUUUCAAAUUAAUUUGUUUUUAGAUUGGAAUUUCUGUAUAUAGGUAUAAAUUAUUUAAAAAAAACUGUUUAUUAUAAUAAAGUUGUCAGCCAGUACACAAAAAUUAUUUGAGCCUCCGGUCAACUUUCUUUAUUCCAUAAGUGGAAAUUAUUGCUUAUCACUUGGUCCUUUUGUUUCCUUUUCACGAGUUUUUUCAAGGAAAUGUUUGGUUUUGAUUAUGUGUAAUAAUCAAGUUUCCACAUAUUAUUCCGAUAUAUGUUAAUAUUGUUAGAGGGGUAUUGUUUAGAUUAAUGAAAUACAUCCAAAACUUGUUAAAUGGCUGUUGUUUUCUGAAAAAAACACUUUGAUAGCUGUAAAUCAUUUUUUUGUGAAGGAACAAACAAUUUUUUUAAACUAUUUAUUAGAAAGUAAAAUUAAGUUUUCAAAAUAAAAUGUGUGUUUUAAUUUUUUAUUGAACUAGAAAAUAGAACUAUGCAUACACACUCUGUCUAUCAUUUGCUCAAAGAUAAUUUAUGUGGCCUUACCACAAUAUUUUAAUUUCCAAAAGUAUACUUUAAAAAUCAAAUUGAAAAGCUUGGAAACUGAAAUGACUGCUAUUCACAUUUCUAAGUAACAACGAACUGAAUUCAUAUUCAAGGGAAAUCAGUAGUUAUUGCUCAACAAGAAUUUUCUGUGGAUUUAUUUAUACUGCAAGCUAAAGGUCAGUUUAGUCUGUCAACGUUCAUAAGAGUUAACGUUCUAUACAGUUCACAUCAUGACUGAUGAUUCAUUAUUUGAAUGAUGAAUCAAUACUAAUAAUUCAUAACUAUCAAUCCUGAGUUGGUAUUACCGUUGAUCUAAUUGAAUUGGAAUAGACUUAACUCGACCCAUUACCAUCUUGAGUUAAGCCUUUGUACUAAACAAAAGAUAUAUUUUUUGUUUAAUACUUAAAGUUAAAGUUUAUCAGUCUGUCAAUUGGUACUUUAGGAAUAUUUUUUGUAAAUUUAAUUUAUGUAUGAUAAAGGAUCAUAAUACAGUAGAACCUCAGCUAUUUCUACUCCUCGCUUAAUCUAACUAUGCCAUCGCCUAUCGGUUACAAUGUUAUCACGGUAAUAUUGUGACCAUUUCCAAAUGUUUUCCAUUUUUUGUUUUCCUCAAUUGUGGCAAAAUAUUCAUAUGAUAUGAAUAUGAUUUCCGCUUUCACAGAUACAUUAACAUCAUCUUCCGUGAUAACGGCAAAUUCCUGCUCCUCAGAUGAAAUUUUCACUGUUCCGCCCAUGGUACCGGUCCUGUAGGUGACAGAUUAGCGGGAACUGUAUUGUGAUUUUCUAUUAAACAAAGUUAUAUUAUUCAAAGUUAUCAAAUAAACGUUUCCAUAAAAAAGAUGAACUUCGCAACAUUUUUGUAUAUAUGUAAGACAUUAAUUCCAUACAAAGACAUAAUUUUACAUUCCUGUGAAUGAAUUUGUAUAUCAAGAUGAAAUUGUGAAGAUCAAGCCUAUCAUGGCUUAAGAGUUCUAAAAUCUGGUUAAAAGUUUUGUCUUAUUAAUGGGAAAAGGUACUCUUUUGUUGUUAACAUUCCUUACAAUGUUUAUAUUUUUGUUUUACACCUCAUUUGUGAUAUCUGUGUUUGUUAAAAACAUGUACUAAUUCUUCAAUUGAAAUGCUCACUUCAAACACAUUCAGCCCUAAAAUGAGCAUUUUGUUUCAAAUAAUUUAUUUCCAUCUGAAUUAGAAGAACAGGUUAAUCUAUUUUUGUUGUAUUUCUUCCUAUUAUUGAAUUUUUUUGUGAGUUUAUCAGCUGACUUGUAUAACAUGUUUCAUCGCUCCUGUUAUAGAUUGUAAAUAAAAAUGUUUAAUUACACAUAUUUUUGUUAUUUGUUUCAGGUUUUUGUGUUAUUAUUUUUGUUAUCAGUAGUAACAAAUUACAUGAUAAAUAUAUUUGACUUUACUUAUUAUUUUGCAACCCUGAGGUUUUAUUUUGUCUCGCCUUAAGCCCAAAAUGUUUGUUUUCAUUUUUACCUUUGAUCUUGCUGAUGAGUAAUUUUAAUGAUUACCGUUAGAAUAAAUAUAAAUGCCGAAUUGUUUCAUUGGUAUCAUUAUUGUUUUAGAUAUAUAUUCUGUUCAUUCGAUAUUUACUUCUUUCUAUAAGUUAAUACUUACUUUAAAAACUGUUUUAUAUAAGUAUCAGCAAUAUAACGGUUCUAUUAAGCCGUAUUUUAUAAAAUGUAGCUACUUACGAAGUAAUUUAUUCAAUCAAAUAAAUACU